GGCAGCCCCCGCGCCGCGCCACUCGCCUCCCGUCAGUCGCCCGCCGACUCCGCUUGUGCUUGUGUGACUCGCGCCGCUCCGUGCACCGCACUCGUGCUCCGAACACGACGCGUGCCGCCCCGCUGUGGCCGCGAACGCGACCUCUACGCUACCGGCGAAACGUUUCUCCUAACUUACGUGCAACUUGCUAUGUUUUAACUUACGGACAUUAUACGCUCCCUUACCCGGCUUGUUUAUCCCUCAUCAUAGUUGAGCCCCGCACCGCACCGGCUUGCUCGCUGACCGCCGAGCCGCUAAUCUAGCUUUUUACGCGCCCCACCGUCGCCCGCCCAGACCCGCACCGGCCGCCGCCAUGCUCGCGCACCAAGCACCGCUCGCCCUCUACUAAACUCAACCGUCAACAUCGAUAAGAACGCGUGUGAUAAUAAUAUUUUAAUACUCGCCUAAAUAAGCUUGCAACGUCGGUGUCUUUAAUUCUAACUUAAUUGUAAGAUUAAUCAACUAGUAAGUAGGUACCUAGCGUGGUAGCCGCGCGUGAAUCGUCGCGGAACUGCGUCCCGUGCGUGUGUGUAGUAGUGUAGUGAGGGUGCGCGAUCGCAACGUGAGUGCAGCAGCAGCAGUCUCUCUCGCCGUGUGACCAGUGCAUGCUGAGAGCGCGCGGGCGCGCUCGCUCCCCGCCGCCUAUGCGCCGCACUCGCUCUGCGUAAUUGCGCGCGCAUCUACCGCCCCUGAAUUUUAUGGCAGCAAUGGCCACCAUGGUGAACAUGAAUAACCUCUUAAACGGCAAGGACUCACGUUGGCUGCAGCUUGAAGUGUGCCGCGAAUUUCAACGGAAUAAGUGCUCGCGACCUGACACCGAAUGCAAGUUUGCGCAUCCUCCAGCAACCGUGGAGGUGCAGAAUGGAAGAGUUACCGCCUGCUACGACAGUAUCAAGGGUCGGUGUAACCGCGAGAAGCCACCUUGCAAGUACUUCCAUCCACCGCAACAUUUGAAGGAUCAGUUGCUAAUCAACGGACGGAAUCACUUAGCACUCAAGAACGCACUAAUGCAGCAGAUGGGCCUGACGCCCGGCCAGGUGCUACCUGGCCAAGUCCCAGCUGUGGUGAGUCACCCAAGCUACGCUCCCUACCACUACGAAAGCUUCGAGCGAUCGGACCUCCGCACUUAUGUGGGCGGCGUGGGCGGUGCGGGCGCGGCAGCCAGCCACCUCGCCGCGCUGGACCCGAUCAGUCUGGCCCUGCUCGCACCGCAGGCGACGUCGCCGUACCUGUCGGGCGUGCCGGGCGUGGGCUCGACGUACGCGCAGUACUACGCGCCGCAGCUGGUGCCGGCCGUGCUGGGCCACGACCCCGCCGCCGCCGCCGCCUCGCCGCUCGGCGUCAUGCAGCAGCCUGUGCUGCAGCAGAAACUGCCGCGCACCGAUCGCUUAGAGUUACUGGACACCCUCCCGGUGUGCCAAGAUUUUAAUCGACAAGGAUGUACAAGACCUACCUGCAGAUUUGUUCAUAUUCGUGAAGGGUGCGGGCUGCAGGUGGUGGGGUGUCGCGUGGUGGUGUGCCGCGACGCCGCCGCCGGCACGUGCCGCCGCGCCGCCUGCCGCUACUACCACAUCCCCGUUCAGCUGCCGCCAGCGCUGCGCCCCCCCUAACCUGCCCCGCCACCCGUCCACCGCCGCACCCUCCCAUCCCUCACCCCACUACCCCGCGCCCACAACCCCACGUGACCCAUCCCCGCAUCGCCCGCGCCCCGCGUUAUCCAUAUCGAUCGCGCCUCUGGCACACUCGGGAAAGGCAGGUUCGGCAAGUAUCCUACUGUCGCUCCCGCGGCUGAGGUGGUGAUAUCUUAGUGAAUAUCGGUUAGUGUAGAGCGGCCGGGGCGAGCCGCGUGCGCAGACGUGCACGCGCCCCGCCCCCGCCUGGAGUGCGUUAGUCUUCGGGAAAGAGUGUGUACAUAAGUAGCGGGAUAUGAUUCUCAGGCACGGUCAUGCGAUUGUGAUAUGAAUAGAUUUCGAGACGCCGGAGCCGUUUGAGUAAUUUUAUCGAGAUCGUACCGAGAUCGUCGAAUAGUAGUUAGUGAGGUUUCAAAUGUUUUAUUACUAUUGUAUAUUAUUUUUUUUAAGAUACGAUAUGAGUUCCUGUAAAGAUCGGUGCGGUCGCCAUCGGGCGUCGCACGAAAACUUUGUUGUAUAUAAGCAAGCGAUGUAAUGUUUAUGGGUGGUGCGGAGCGCACCGUCGCCGCCGGUCAGCUCGCUGCCGGCGGCCGACCCGGUGUCAAAAGUUGCAUCACCCCCACUCCUAACGUGAGCAUUUUUGUGAGAAUUAUGUUACUUUUUUACGUAUGUUAUAAAAUUAUUUUUUUCUAGAUGACAAGUUUUACACUAGAUUAGAUUAAGUGAGUCAGUAAUGAAACACCAAUAGAGUAGCCGCUUCUCUCCCUCGGCACUGAAACUUUUGACGCCGGAGCACAAUUCGCGUGUGUCGAGCGGCGCGGCGGUCGCCUGCGAGGGCCGCGCGUCGCUCGUGCGACUAGUCGGUACGUCGUUCUUCCCUUAAGGAGCCAUCCCGUUCGCACCACAUCCCACGUCCCACGACGCCGAGGCGUCCCCAGUUCACAUAUUAGCAUAGAUCGCGACACUCGUAGAGUGAUAGAGGACAGAAAUUCAUAAUACAAUGAACGUUAUCGGACAAUAUUAAAACGAAGAAGGCAUACUUCCAAGCUAUUUACCUAAAUUCUAGGAUAGAACGUCGGCUUUUAUUCCAGAUAGAUUUUGCUAGAUAAUCAUUCUUUUACCGGUCGAUUCCCGUCUAUCGAUGAUGCACAAAAUAUUACCGACGAUCGAGUCCGAUUACCUCUCGGUGAGUACAGCAUAAAGAAAUAGCUACCUAUAUUGUUUUCAACACAAACAGUAUUAACGUUUUGAUCAAAUUUAUCUCGUCGUAUGUAUGUAGAGGUGAUAUGCGGAUAGAGAGAGAGGCGGGUGCGCGCGCGCCGCGUCGCGCGUGGCUCGUCGCGCCCGGCAGUUGCGCGACACUGCGCCAGUCGCACGACUCGCACGACUGCCGAGCGCGGCGCCGCGCGGCCGGCGCGCUCGUCCCGAAGGCAUGGAAGCCUAAUGCCUAAUAUUAUUCCUAGUCCAUAUCCUUUUUGUUGAUCAGUCAUGCGAUUAAUGUUAGAAUAAAUAUUAAUAAUUUGAUUUAUUCCUCCCAUUUAGUGGAUAUUUUGAUAAUGAUAUAUUAAUAAUGAAAUAUUUAAGAUACAUAAUACAUAUUUGAUUCUAAAUCCUGAUAAAGUGACACUACGUUAGUAAUUUAGUCGGAGGGAUACUUGUGCCGUGAUUAUAUUUUUAGGUAUAUAUUAUGAAAUAAUUCCUAGCGUCGGAAUUAAAGAAGUGAUUAAUGUGUAAGCGUGUUAUAUUUAUUGUCGUAACGUAAGUGGAAUGCCAUAUCGAUAAAAGGUGAAUAUCGGAUGCGGAGUCAAACUCAUUAGUAACUCGUUGCGUUUGUGUUUAUGUUGAUUGUUAUUAUCAGUCCCGUGCUAGUGGCUAAGGUGAACAGUUCACUUUUAUCAAUACGGCACUAUGAGUCUUAAAUAUAUAAGUUGUCAUUUUAUUUUUUGUUGGAAUUUAUCGUUUCACGAAUUAUUUGUUGCCUAUAAUUUUUAUAAUCAAAAUUUUAUGAUCUGACGCAUUUAUUGUAAGACAAUCGAUUACUUUUAUAAUUAAUUAGUGUGAUAAUAAUAAUUAUGGUAUCAAAUUGCCGUUAUGAAAUAUAGAACAUCGAAAGUAUCCUUCCUGUUUAGAAGGGACUCUUCUGGCCCAAGGUUUCUAGUGGAUUUUAUAUUUUUCUUUUUGUUGUAUUUUUAAUGUUGCGUGUGUCUUACACAUAAUAUAUUUCAUUUUUGUGAUAUUUUUAACUAUAAAGUACUGUUAUUAUAAAUCCAAAUGGAAUAAUGAUGACCUAAUUAAAUAUUCAAGAAUUUAUUUGUAAAUCACAAAAAAAAAUGUAAAACUGUAAAUAUAUUGACAAAAAAAUGAACUGCAACACAAUAAUUGAUUAUUAUAUCUCUCAUCAAAUACACUGUAAGUUGUUUGAGUACCUAAGUAAUGGUAUCUUAUUAUGUAGUAUGUACCUACAGUCUACUUAAAAGGUAAACCGGUCCAGUGAACAAAGUAUUGAUAAUAUUGUGAACAUUUUUUUAUUCACGAACAAUCACAGAAAGUACAUGACAUUGUAAUAUUAUUUAUGAAAUUACUAUGUGAUGUGAUCUUCGGAUCAAUUUUGAGUACAGUAUAGAUAAUAAACAACUGAAUAUGUGA